CUCCUUGACCUUAUUUCUUUUGUUAUGUUUCAGCCUCAGGAAAGAUGACUGCUAUCAAUCAGAAAGAGUAUCUUAAAAAGUAUUUAUCAGGUGGUGAUGCCUCACAGAAGAAGAAAAAGAAGAAGAAGAGGAAAGAUAAUACUCCUAUCACCAAUAGGUUUCAAAUUGUUGACGAGGAUGCAGGGAACAUCAAGAAUAUUGCCUUUGGUUACGCCGAUGACGACGACGCGCCUACAGUCGCCGAGGUCACCUAUGACUAUGCCAAAACAAAAUUCAGAGAAGAACACAAAAAACUUGAACAUAAAUGGAAAAAUGCCUCGUCUGAUAUAGAUGGCGCCUCAAAUAAUCGAGCACAUGUUGCACAAGAUCCGGUCAGAGAUGCUAAAGUUAUGAGGUACGAUUCAGAUGAAGACGAAGCACCAUCUUCUGUAACUAAAUUGAGUAGAAGGUACGAUUCUGACGAGUCUCCUCCGAGAGCCCGCAUGUCUUCUGGAGUUCAAAGAAAAGAUUUUGCAUUGCAUGGAGCUAAACGACUUGAUUCAGAUGAAUCUCCUCCGAGAAGAAACGACCUAGAUUCUGAUAAGUCUUCAAAGAAGAAAAGACAUGAUUCAGAUGAAUCUCCUCCGAGGAGAAACAACCUAGAUUCUGAUGAGUCUUCAAAGCAAAAAAGAUAUGAUUCAGAUGAAUCUCCUCCGAGGAGAAGAGAGAAAAAUUUCGAAGAAUCGCCACGUAGAACAGGCAAGUUAGAUUCGGAUGAAUCUCCUCCUCGGAUGAGUAAUGUUGCAGCUAACGAACGCCCUGAGAAAAAGCUCACAACAGCAGAGUAUUUGCAAGCGAGAAAACGUGGCAAACAUAAGAAGGAUAGUGCUGAGGAUAUUGCUAGGAAACAGAGGGAGGAAGUCCUGCAGCGUGCUGCUGAAGAGCGACACAAACUCUGGAACAAAGGCAUUACUCAAGUGGAGGAGCGACAGAACAAGCUGGCCGACAUCCAACACGAAAUGACUAAAAGCUUUGCGCGAUCUGCCAAAGAUGAGGACCUGAAUGACAUGUACAAAUCGAGACCACGAGAGGGAGACACUAUGCUGGAGUAUCUUAGUAGUAAGAGAGAUGGGAAAAAUCCCCAAAAACCUACAUAUCAAGGGCCCUUCCCUGCCAACAGGUUCAAUCUUAGGCCAGGUUAUCGUUGGGACGGCGUCGACAGAUCUAAUGGAUUCGAACAACAAUACUUUGCAAAACUUAGUAGCCAAGUUGCAAUAGAAGAAGAUGCCUACAAAUAUUGCGCUGAAGAUAUGUAAAGGAAUAAAAACUCAAUUAUUAAACUCUACAUCUCCUAAUAAAAUUCUAAUGAAUAGUAUUACUUGUU